CCCAUCAUGACGGAGAACCGUCAACCGGCGCCUGUUGGUGCUCUUGAGACCGAUGGAGGGAGAAAGCAGAAGAGCUUCUGGAAGUGGGCCGCUCUUCACUUUCCUUCCCGCAGAACGGGAACAUAUGAUCUGGCCAAAGCUGAGGAGAAAUACGGGAUAGAGGCGGAAACACACUGGAGAGAUAGCGAUGCUCCAGCUCCUGAAGGCCUCCCUGCUGCUGACGAACAGCAGAAACACAAUGUCCUGGACAAGAGCCUGAGUGUACAUGAACUCUGUGUACAAUCCAGAGACACCCCCAUCACAUCUGAGAACCGCCGUCCUAAUCUGUCUGUUGGUGCUGUUGAGACUGAUGGAGGGAGAAAGAAGGCAGGGAAAGAGGAGAAGAAGAACAGCUUCUGGAAGUGGCCUGCUCUUCACUUUCCUUCCCGCAGAACGGGAACAUAUGAUCUGGCCAAAGCUGAGGAGAAAUACGGGAUAGAGGCGGAAACACACUGGAGAGAUAGCGAUGCUCCAGCUCCUGAAGGCCUCCCUGCUGCUGAGGAACAGCAGAAACACAAUGUCCUGGACAAGAGUAAGAUUAAUAACUAUAUGAGAAUUAGGAAAUGUUAUUAUAAAUUAUUUUGUAUAGAAUCAAAUUUACAUGUAAAAUUGUAUUUCAUACUUACCACAAUUGUUUGUCUGUUAAUAGGCCUGAGUGAACAUGAACGCUGUGUACAAUCCAGAGACCCCCCCAUCACAUCUGAGAACCGUCGUCCUAAUCUGUCUGUUGGUGCUGUGUGA